AAACAUUAAUAGUUUAUGGAAUUUAACUUCCUUUUUCUGAACCGAUCGUUCUGUGAAGAUCAUUUUUAUUUAAGAUGAUUUGAUAAAGACCACAUUACCGUGAUAAGAUUAGUGAUAAACUUGAACUUCAACGAGUUGUGAUGGAGUUACAAGACGUCUUGUUCAGUUUGAUUCGUCGUUAGUUGUUUAUAAUGUGAUAAAAAUGGAUAGCAAAGCUCAUAGCAAAGCGAAAGCAUUUUCGGCCUCUACUCCUUCAUUUUCUUUUCGCUACAAUGCAGAAGAUGAAGAAGUUGAACAGCUCUACUAUACACCUAGUGAUACAGAAUCUAGUAAGAAAAUUGAGGAUAGUUCCCACAUAUCUAAUGAAGAAGGAAUUAAUGAAACAAAAAGCAAAGACUCAUCUCCUAUUCUCUCAAAGUCAAAAGCUUUGGGAAACUUGGAUGAGAGUUCUUCGGGGGAGACAUGGAGGAUUCUCAGGGAGAUGAAGGGAAGAAUUACAAAAACUGUGGAAGACAAAAUUGAAGAAAUUAAAAGUGACAGAAUGAAAAAAAAACUGUUGGCUACUUCCAGCCUUAGUGACUCCGAAGAAAGAUCUGAAACUUCAAGCUCGGUUAAGGACAGCUCAGAGAAAGCUCCUUAUCAAAACAAGGAAGAUGUAGUUAUAGCUGAUUCAGAUCUCGCUGAUAUCAGUGACACCAGCUUAACUCCUGAUCGAACUACACCUGUCGCUACCGAAGUCGAUAUUUCUGAUGUAACACCAUCCAAGGACAAUUUCAUCACUACUUCUACUUUUAAUACUUCUACAAAGAAAGGGUCUGUUCGUAGUGAUGAUACAGAAAAAACUUCCAAUAUUUUGUAUAAGAAGCUGAAGAUGAAAGCAUCAAAGAGAGUAGAGUUGGGAAUUGAAGCAGUAGAAGAAUCAGUUGGUAAAGAAGAAGGGAGACUCAUGGAAAAAAAACCUGUUAAGGAUCAUGCGAGCUCUCACGUGUAUGUGAUGCCAAAUAUUUCGGUCCGAGCUGCUGCCUUUUUUGCUUUGCUUGGAGUUCUUUACACAUUUGUUAAUGUUCCUCAGUUUUUGUUUGGAGUUAUUGUCGGCGUAUUUCUAAGCUUCGAGUUCAGCUACUGGGCCAGUUGUUCCCAAUGGACUAACCAUCAAAAAGUUCCUGCUGAGUAUUAUAGCAAUGAUUACCCAAGUGGGCAGUUUUAUCCACCAUCCUUGGAAGAGCACCAAAAAGUAGUAUAUGAGGGUUGGGUUAACGAGUUCUGUUUUGAAUAUCAACCUGAGAUCUACCAUGUCACUCAGACAGAGACAGUCUACGCUCGCUUAGAAGGUAGUGUUUUGAAACUGGCUUCUCCCAGGCAGAAGAUAUCUAAGAGGGCUAUCUGGAAUGAGCCUCAAUAUAAGCUGAGGUUUGACAGAGAGAGGACAUAUGACAUCAGUAGCUGUCAGGUGGUACUGCUACCUGAUAAGUUGGCACAUAAGAGAAUUUGGAGUAAAAAGUACCCAAUUUGUAUUAUUUUGAACCCUGAUUCACAUUUGGGUACUCGUUACCGUGAGAGGGGGACUUCCUCUUUGGAUUUUGUCUCUUACAAGAAAAGUCCAAAGAAAGGAGAAGAAGAAGAAAAGGUUGAUGAAGAACAAGAUAGUGGAGAAGUAAAAACUCCAAGCAAGAUAAAAAAAGGUGGAAUUUGCCUUGAUGAAGAUGAAAUGUCACUAUGUACUGAUGAGGAAGAUGACGAUAAUGGAUUGAGCAGUGACUAUGUCAAAGUUCCUACUUCACUCAUCAACAAGAAUAAUAUUUAUCUCUUUGCUAGGACAGAUAGAGAAAAGGACAUAUGGUUCAGGAGACUGGCCGCAGCAGCAAAAGAGAAAUCUUCUUCGAUAGAAGAAGAAGAGCAGAAAAAUGACGUGUGCCUGUCUGAAGGUGAUGACUCUAAAACUCCAACAAAGCCACAGAAAUUUGAUGAGCAUUACCACACCUUUAUGGUGCAGUACAUCAGGAGAAAGAUCAACAUAUGUGGUGGUGAAGAGAAUGUUGAUAUGCCUGAAGAAGAAGAUGAGAGUUUAGUCUGGUUCAAUAUGUUUCUCGCCAGGAUACUGUAUGAUCCUAUGCAUGACAGCUAUUGGAUAAAGCAAAUUCAAGAAAAAAUACAAAAAAAACUUUCUGCUAUUAAGGUACCCACAUUUAUGGAAAGUCUAUUGGUAUCAAAUGUAGAGCUUUCUGAAUCUGUCCCAGUAAUUGAAAAGGGCUGUUUACCUAAGCUCAACUGCGAUGGGAUUUGGGUUGAUCUUGAUAUUAAUUAUAAGGGAACAUUUAAAAUGACAAUAGACACAAAGAUUAAUCUAAUCAGGUUAAAGAAUUACUAUGGAACUAUACAAAAAUCUGAAGGUGGUGAAGUUCCUGAAGUAUUAGAAAAAAGUCUUUUAAAACCUGCCAUAUUUGAUAGCGAAGUUGAAGAUAGUGCUGAAUCUUCUGGUGAUGAGGUUGGUCCCGAAGAUUGCCAAACAUCCAAUAAUAAUCGAAGGAAAACUUCACAGAAAGUUAUGCAAAUGGUCGAUAAGAUAGCUUCUUCAAAAUACUUCCAGCAGGUAACUGACAACAAGUAUGUGAAGAAAGCCUUGGAGGGUGUCUCAAAUACUACAAUAUCUUUAGUGGUUCAGGUGAAAAGCUUGACUGGAACUGUGGUCAUCAAUUUCCCUCCUCCGCCAUCUGACAGGUUAUGGUAUGGGUUCAGACCAAAUACUAAAUUGUCAUUAUCUGCAAAACCGAAGGUUGGCCAAAGAGGAAUAAAUAUGGUCUACAUUACUAAUUACAUUGAAAAGAAGUUAGUGAGAGAAUUUGAGAAACUUUUAGUCAUGCCAAAUAUGGACGAUCUCAUUAUACCUUUAAUGAACAAAGAAAAGCCGUCGUAACAUCACUAGGAUUUCAAUGAUAGCUUAGUAUCAUUAGAUGGAAAAAACAGUGUGUGAUAUUUUUAUAUAUAGUGUUUAAGACCUGUAAGAGACAGUAUUUCUAUUAACAUUGAAUCACGCUGCAUCAGCUUUUUGCCUGUUUUCAAAAAUUCAUUGAGAUACCAUGUACUGAGACGGCACCUAUAUUGUGAUAUACUGCCAAAUACUAUUUAACAAUAUUGGUUGAGUAUUAUUUUUAAAGUAAUUAUGAUUAUUAAGGAUGAAGAAAAGAGAAGCAAAGCGUAAGUUUAAACACCAAAAGUAGUGGAAAGUUUAGAAAAAAGUAUUUUUAUUUUAGUUACAUUAUUGUUUUAAAAUAUCAUACAUCUGGAAUGAAGAAUAUGCAAGAAAAAAAUGAACUGUAGACACAGAUUACGUUCUAUAGGGUUCCACAGGUUCCUUUAAGUUAUGUUGCUGGUAGAUCACCUGCUGUGUCUAUUGGCUGUUCUUGUUAUUUCAAGGCUGGAGUUGUUCUUUGGGAUGAUAGGGGUCCAACCAUUAAAAUUUCUGAUGUUAGAAAUUUUGGAGUUAAAGUAUCUCUUUCGUUCUGGAUGAAUGAUAUAUUUUUAUAGUGUACCAUUACUAUGCUUAUCAGUUUAUGAUAGUGGUAAAUUCAGGGCUUUAUUUAUUAUAUGUUCCUAGAAUGUAUAUAUAUAUAUAUAUUUUUUUUUUUUUGUGAUUAUUAUUUGAAAAUCAAGCAUAAAAAUAAUAUUUUAAAAUUAUUUCAUUUUCAUAGAUCAUUUAUUUAUGAAAAAAAAAAAAUUCCAGAAUAAUGGUUACUGAUCCUCACAACACACAUAAACAUUUAAAUUAUCUACCAUUACUGCUGACUGCUGUAGAUUUAUUGUGAUGCUACGAUUAAAGUUGUGCCCUGUAUCGAACGAGGAACUGAUUGUCAGUUUUAGUCUUAACUAAUCUCGGAAAUACAAAACCUCCCAGUUACAUUAUAACUUAUUACUAGAAAUUCUUUUGUUAAAUGUAAAAUAAAUCUAACUUUUAUCUGUUAAAAUUCCAAUGAAGAGAACUCUUUAACGAACUUUAAAAAACUCUUUUGUGCAUAUAUAAAGCUAUUUAAUUUCAUAGAAAUAGUUAUUCAAAGCUGUUGAUCUACUCUUGCUCAAGAGAUUCCCUAGGCAUGGAAGGAAAAAGGAAUUCUGUAAGGUAGUGGUUCCCAACAUUGCUUAGUGUUCAAUAUUGACACUUAGUGACCAGACAAUAGCAAUUUGUAUGUCACAUUAUUAUUUAAUAAAUAACAGCUAUUAAUUGUUUUCAUUAUGAAGGUAUAUGAGGAAGUGAUCACCGAGCAUGUUGGGGUGGGGUGAGGGUUCCAGAGUGGCUGGUUCUGAAUGUUGUGGGUUUGAUUCCCACUUGGCUCCGUUAAUAUUUAUUUGUCAGUAGGCUCGAAAAAUGAAUAUUGGCACUUCCACUGUGGUUAUGACUUAAUCUCUUGUUAUAGCAGCAAUCUCUAAUUAGCCAUCAGGGGUUGGUAAAAUAAACCAAAAGGCCCACUUUCUGUACUAGUUUUCUCCAUCUGUCACAGCACAGUAUUCUAUGUAGGAGGUAUAUUCUCAAACUUUAUAAAGAAUUGUUAAUGUUAUUAUAAGAAAGUGCCCAUACUUUAUAGAUGUUAAAUUAUCAUGAAGUUGGCAAGAUAGAUGAUUGAGGUUGGGAGUACAGUAGUGGCACACUUCACUAUAAGGAAUUCUUAAUUGUGGCUUACAUUAUAAAAAAAUGAUGAACUUCUGCCAUUGAAACUUCUCAUUCAUAUUUUAGGUAGUAAAAAAGUUAAACUUUUAUUUAAAAAAAAACAACUAAAGAAAGCAAUCUAUUACUAUAACAAUGUAGAGAUGGUUGACCGUGAAAUAAUAUGAGAAGGAAUUGCGGUCGGGGAGUGCGGUCAAAUAAUUCGACCGCACUCCCGACCAAUUCCUUCUCAUAUUACUAUAAUAAUAAAUAAAAUAGAUAAUUGAUUGAAAGAAAAAAUAAUAUGUAUUAAAGAAUGGUGGGAAAAAAUAGGUUUAAAAUGGCAGGUUUUGUUUUAGCAUCACUAAAAUAUUAUAGUCUGAAAUCUACAGCAAUGAGAGUUCCAGUUUUGUACCACAGUAAAAUUCUCCUAAUUUGGCUCUUCAGGACUUGAGUAACACCAGAUUAUCGAAUGAUGUAAGAAAAACAGAAAAAUACAAUCGAAGCUUACAAAUAAUUUAAUUUGAAGUUGGCCAAAAAUAUGCUCCUUGUUAUAAUCCUCCUUUAUAAAUGCUGAUAUCCUUUAUUUGGUACUAUGUUUUUUAUCAUGCCUUCUAAUAGCAAGAGCAAACUGAAAAAAGGUUUUAUGAUUGAUUUGUUUUGAUGUUUUGUGAUUUUUUUUUUUGGAAAGUACUGCCUGAUAACCAGGUAUUUUGAGUCGUAGAAUGCCUAUUUAGACACUUUAUUACAGGAACCAGAAUUCUGGAGUAUUAUCAAAAUUAUAUUGAUUGCUGUAAAUAAUUCUUAAAUGAAAUGCGAAAGGUGAAGCAUUUGUUAAAAAUAUAAAUAUUUCAGAAAAUUUUGAUUUCCUCUUAUUAUUUAUAAUAUGCUUUUGUUUUAAGAGUAAUAUAAUUUAUUUUAUUUGUUAUUUGUCACACCUUUUCAGUUAUAGUACGGCUAAUUAUCCAGAUAGUUAUUCAGUUUAUUAUUUGACAUCAAUUGUUUGUAGAAAUUUUAUUCCAUCCAUUGAUAGAAUUGGAAAAUAUUAUGUUUUUUCCCCAGCAUUUUUUUAUUCAUCUGACUCUAAAUAAACGAAAAUGGUGCAAUUUUUAAAAAAUAUAUUUGUGUUAACCUAAGCUUUAUAAUUGUUUGGGUAGUAGAACUAAUUUGAUUUAUAUAUGUUGCUAGUGAUUUAUAUUUUUUAUGAAAUUGUUUUAAUUGUUUUCAUGGUAAUUUUCUUAUAACUAAUAUCUUUUAAUGUUUUUAUUAUUUAAUAAUAGUAAUAAGAAAGGUUGCUAAAACUCAUUAUACCAUGCGUGAAUCAACAUUGAAAUAGGAAACACCUUUAGGAACCUUUUUCGAACAUUUGUUCGAUGUUACUUCGGAAUGGUGAGAUGCUUCUCUAACAUGUUAGUUUUCCAUGUCUAACUAUGGAUAAAAGGAUUUAAAAACAUAGUGAAUUUCACACACAUAUAUUUGUUUUAUUUUCACUUUUUCAGUCAGUUUUUGCCUCUCUUUGAGUGACAGUUUAAGCUUUUUGAGGAAAUUCGAUUAUUUUUACAAAUCCCAUGUUUUUUAAUUUAAGUAUAAAGUAUAUAGAGUUUCCAAAAAUUAUUUAAUUUGUUAUGCUUGUAGGAAUAUUUAGUUUUUGUUUAGUAGUAUUUGAACUACCUUGUAGUGAAAGUUUGUGAGAAUAAUGUUUAUAUUUGAACACGCUUUUAUGAAUUUUUAUUUCAUUUUAGUAUCAGUAUAUAUCUGAGUUUUACUUACCAUUUAUUUUUAGAAAUUUAUUAUUAGAAAACUAAUUAAAAUAAUUAUGAAAUACUAGAGUUUGAACCUUUCAUUAAGUAUUAGUACAGAAAUUUCCUAUGAAGCUUUUAUUUUAAAACAAACAAUUUUAUUUUUUUGUAUAGGGUGCUUUCUUAUUUAGUUAUUAAAAGUUAAUAAAUUGUUAAAUAAAAGCUGUACUUUCUUUAGAGUUGGAAACGUGAAAUAAUUGUCUAAGUGAUCAGAAGUUUACAAAACAUGAAUAAAUUAUAAAAAAAUUAACAAUGUUUGGAAUAUAUCUCUUUUUUUUUAAUCAUAUCUUGUUGAUCGUGAACAUCUAAUGGUCUUAUAAUAAACUAAUUUAAAUUGUUUAACAUUUACAGUGCAAAUUAAAUGAAUAUACUAUUAUUUUAAUGCUGCAGUCGAUCAUUUAAAAAAAAAAAAAAAAUAUAUAUAUAUAUAUAUAUAUAUAUAUAUAUAUGUCUUCAUUGUCUUCAUUGGUUUAUUAUUGCUGAAAUAGUUUUCAUUUCUGGUCAUGAGUAUUAUGUUAAUUUAUUAUGAGCUCUGAGUGAUGGAUUAUUUAUUUUAAUUGAAUUUUACGUUUAGUUUGUUGUUAAAUAUAUAUUAAAAUAAUAAUUUUAUUUAUACAUUCAUAGAUAGAUAUAUAUAUAUUGAUUUAAAUGUAUAGUACAAUUUAUUUGUGUAUGUUUUAUGUGGUCUAAAUGUUAGUUAAUAUUUCUGUUUUUCUAGAAGCUGUUGUACUUAGAACGAUUUGUAAAUGUUUUUCCAAUAAAUUAAAUGUUAGUUUAUACAUAAAAUAAUAUUAAUAUAUUAAAAGAUUCAACAGUAUAUUUUAAAUUGUUAUGUGUUGAUGUACUAUCUCUACUUGGCUUGGUUAGUAUUUUUUAAAUUGCUGGUGUGAGAUGUGGUAUCUCUGGUCUAGAUUUUUUGUGAUCUUACGAUGCCUGAAUUCAAAAAAUGUCCACUGGUAAGUUAUUCACUGUUAUUUGAGAGAAUUAAGGCUUUAAGUUAAAAUCUUUCAAUAAUAUUAAAUAAUAGUUUUCGUUCAAAUUAUUUUUUUUUUUUUUAGUUUUUGCUCUCAUAAAUUAAAAUAAUACUUGGGAAAUGUUCUAUUAAAGUUCUUUAUAGUAUUUAAAUUGAAAAAAAUUAGAAUUUAAAUAUGUCUACUUCCUGAUGUUACUUGUGCCUGACCUAUGUAGGGAUCACAUCUUAAUGAAAACUGUAACAUAGUAUAGUUUUAUAUAAUUUUUAAUGAAUGUUGGUAUUAUGUGAAAAUUUCUGAUGUCUAGUUUAUAAAGAUGUAUACUUUGGAAAACUGUAUUUGACUUGUUAUUUAGAAUACUGUAUUAAUUCUCACAAAAUUUCAUUUUGGUGUUAAAAUAUAUAUGUGAUUUAUUUUUAUAGUUGUCCCUGUUUGGUUUGAUCUUGUAAUGAAUGGAUGUGAUACAAUGUCCAUAUUUGUAAGUAUUCCUUGGUAAGAUAGUUGUUCUAUUGUUCUCGUUCUGGUCACAUACUGUAUUUAUGACUGAAAGAGAUAUUCACAUUCUGUCUCAAAAUAAGCAUUCCUUCAAAGUAAUACAUGUAAUAUAUAUAAUAAGUAAAUUUGAUCUGCUUUUCACAAAAAACCAUUGUUGCUCCACAAAUUCCUAUUUGUUUAGAGAUGUUUUUAGAAUUUAUAAUAUUCUUCCAUUACUAUUUUUUCUCUUUUAAUUCUUGUUGAUCAUCUGUUUUUUGUAUUUAUUUAUUCUGUGAUAUAUAGUUUUUAUUUAUUUAAUGAAAUUAAUUUCAUUAUCAUCUUAUUCUUCUCCAGAUGAUAUCGUAAUGUUUCAAAAUAUUCUGACCUGCAGCACACCAAAAAUAACUAAUCAGUACCAAUUGCUCGGCUGUUAUUUAUUAAAAUACUUUUUUCUUUUUGUUUUAUUUCAUAAAUAGUAACACAUAAAAUAUUUUUUUGAUUUGGUAUGGGAUGUAUAAGCCACCAAACUGAGGGAUACCCUUGUGGGAAGAAAUUAGGAAAUAUGGUCAUACUGAAGGUGGAGGGUUCCCCUCUUUCUUAACAAACAGGUGUCUUGUUAAAUAGCCACCAUCUUGAAGUUUUCUUUUAAAAUUCAGAUUUUCUUUGCAUUUCAAUUGUGUGUUCCGAUUCAUAAGUUGAUAGUAAAUCAAUGAAAAAAUUAUAGAUUGCAACUACUUCAGUUAACUUCAAGAAAAUAUAGGAGGUAAAAUUUACAAGUCAAUCACUGUAGAGUUUAAAAUAUUUUCCCUCAACUGGUACAUAUACAUACAUACAUAUAUAUUUUUUUUUUUGCACCUAGCAUAUAUUUAAAUGCAUCUUAAUUAUUUUGGUUCGAUAUGGAUUAUUGUUGACGAAUCUGAGACAUCUAUUUUGGAAUACCUGUUAUUUUUUAUGUUGCUUAAAUUAGUGAAACAUCAUAUAACACCUCGGUUGUGAUGAAUUUAUUUUUUCCCUAGCACUUCUAUUUUAUUUAUUCUAGUUUCUCUAGGCUAUUUAUCCAGCAUUUUUAUAUCAUUUCUAAAAUCAACUGAACAACAAUUGCUUGAAAUUCUAAAACCUUUAUUAUUAAAAUCUAAAAGAAGAAAUUAAAAUACCUAGUUUGUUAAUUUAACUAAUUGACAUGAUUGAGGUGCUCCUCUAAACUCAGUGAUAUCUGAACCUCUUUCUCCAAAACUGCUUUAAAUUUUGAUUGUAUAUCAUAUUUAUUAAUAUGAGCUAAUCGUAUUUAUUGAAAAUUGAGAAAUUUUUUUUUAUUCGAAAAUUUCAUGUUACACUAUUAUUGUUCACUCCUUUCUUUGAAAUAUAAUAAAAUCAAAAUGAAGUUAAAUAACUUCAUAUACCAAAUAAGAUUAGGAAGAUGUUCUAACAUACCACACUAUAUUUUUAGGAAAACUUUUUUAAUUCUCUCUUUGUUUAUUUUAAUUUUAUUUAUGUAUUAUUUAUUUGAACCCUACCGUGCCAUUGAGGCAAUAUGGGUUUUGCAAAACUGGGGUAUUACACGUCACUGCAUAACUGCCUGCUUCUGCAACAAGACUAAUUUUCAUAUUUAAAUCUGCUGUUUAUGGCUGUAUUCCGCUCCUUAUUCCAGAGUCCUUCCUGGCGCUGGUCCUCUUGUGAGGUUGAAGUGUGUGGGUCUAAAUGCUUCUUUCCACCUUUUUACCAAUUCGUUGUAGUACAGGUAGUUUUCUUCUGUAACUAGCUUAGGGAAAUCUGUCUCUGUGAGAACAUAGAUACCGGUUUCCCUCACCAAUUUCAAUCUCAUACCUCGAAGGCGGUGCAGUUUAUGAAAAUGUGCUCAGCAGUCUCCGGGAUCUCACAGUUAGGGCAUAGAGGAUCGACAUCUGUUCCAAAUCCAUGGAGCUUGUCUUGAAAGCCCUCAUACCCAGUAAGGAAUUGUGGGAGCCUCUCUUCCUUUAUGAAAACUUGUUCAUGAUGUGAUAACUUUUCGCGAUGGUUCAAUUAACCCAAUUGUUUUCUGACUGACAUCCUGUGACAAAAAUCCCUUAGGUUUUUUAUUAAUUGAGCAAGCCUAAUAAGCAGGCAUCAAAUAUUGUGAAACAAAAUCUAUUGUAAACAACCUCAUUAUAAUUGGUUCCUGAUUCUUCACUUGGUGGAAACCCUGACAUAUGAGUAUGAUCUUGACUAUAUCAUCCUUUUAAAAUUGCUCAUAAAACAAAGUAUGAAUCCAAGACCGUUCAUAGAUGUACUACUGCUUUCUUUCUACUAUGAAUUAUACAAUUGAAAUAAAAAUAUGAUAACCAAAUCUGAAUUUAAAGAAAUAACAAUUUAAUGAAGGUGGAUAGGCAGAUAUAUUCCAGCAAAUCAUUAAAAUAUUUUGAAAAGUUGUCUGGAAGUUUUACCAAGUAAUCAAUUAGAAUUUCAUGUGGUGUGGUGUGGGCCAGCUCUUAGUAUUAAUCUACAUUUUUUUAAUUUCGAUAACUUUUAGUAUUGAGUUUACUGUGAUGUAAAUUUGAUAGUUCUAGAGUUUAUUUUGAAUUUCCAUGAAUCAUUAUUACCAUUAAUUAAUUUUUAGAAUUAUUUUGUUUUUAUGCUGAAUACUAUCUCAGUGGUGUAAAUAUUAAAUUGUUGCAUUGCAUUUGAUUCUUGCACAAUGGAUUAAGUGUAAUUUAAUGCACUUAUUUAAUUUUUUAUAAACUUCAUCCACUAAAUGAUCACCUACUAUUUAUU